GGAGCCAUGGCGGAGACGCAGGAGCUGCUACUGCAGCUGCAGAAGGACAACCGCGACGGGCGCCUUCGGAAGCAGGAGCUGGAAGAGCUGGUGCGAGGGCUCGAGGCCGAGAGCGAGAGCCUCACUGGCCGCCUGCAGGAACUGCGCGAACGCGAGCGCAGCCUGCAGCGGAGGCGAAGCCAGGCGGCGCGGGCCCUGCGAGGGGAGGCGCAGGAGGCGACUCUGGAGCGCGCGGAGCGGGCGCGCGGACUGCUGGAGCUGGCUGAGCGGCGCAAGCAGGACUUGGAACGACAAAACCGACAGCUGCAGGAGCAGUGGGAAGAGCUGUCAAGUCAGCUCUUCUACUAUGGAGGAGAACAACUGAGUCAGCAGCGGGCGGAGCAGCAACUCGGGACCCAACUGGUGGCAUUGCAGAAACAACUGGAGUUGCUGGAGGCCAAGCACGCCAUGCAGGCAGAGGGGCUGCGGCAGGGCGCACAGCGGACGGAGGAAGCCUGGGCCAGCUUCCAGGAGCAGAGCGGAGUAUUGCAGGAGCUGCAGGGGAAGGUGAUGGAGGCGGCGGCUGCGCUGGACGCUUCGCGGGGCGGCCCUGAACUCUCCAACUCUCAGCCUCGCCGGGUGCAGGACUGCGCGGGCUCCCUCAUGGAGGAGGUGGCCAAGGCCGACAGUAAGAGGCUGUUCGGUGGCGCGGGCGCGGCGGGCCUCAGGUUUUGGGCGCUGAGCGCUCUGCAGACGCUACUGCUGCUCCCACUCGGCUUCCUGGCGCUGCCGUUGCUCUACCUGGUGCUGGUCAAUCCCGACGCCUUCCGCCGCGGGCUCCCGCGCCUCAGCUCGGACACGGUCUUUCGCCGCCUGCGCUACACGCUGUCCCCGCUGCUCGAGCUGCGCGCGCGCAGGCUACUGCCUGCCUAGGACUCAUCACGUCGGCCGUGGCCGCCUGCACCUCUGUCUCCCGUGUGGUUUUUUUAUCGCCUGUGGGAGCCCGAAGGG